AAUUAUCUUCAGUUCACCCUCCGCACCACCCACCCUUGUUGGAUUUUACAACUAUGGAAGGGACAGAACAGAUACUCUGUUACUUUCUAGCUGAUUUGAUGUUCUUAAGUACCUGAGGCUUAAAAUCAAAACUUCUCAAGACAUAUAGGGGUAACAACUCAGAGCAUUGAAAUAUAGGAGCAGAAAUGAAAUGUUGAUGAAUGUUUAAGGGCCAAAUUAUAGUUUACCUCAGAGAAAAAUAAUGAUUUAAUAAGAACAAUUAGUAACACCCCGCUUGUUAGUCAGUGAAGGUGGGGAGAGAGAGAGAGAGAGAAGGCAAAGGCCAUAGCAAUAAAAUAAAAUGGGCAAGCUAGUAGAGAAGACGAAGCAGAAGAAAGGAAGACCUUCUUUAUUAGAUCUCCAAAAACGCUCCUUAAAUGGACAGCUAAACCAGCAACACCAAAAGAAACGUAAUCAUCGUCAUCUUGGAAACGUUUCGCCUUCUCUUUCCAAUUCAAGCAAUUCAACAACGACCCCUAAUUCUUCUCAAAUUCACAAAUCUGCCACUACCAUUGCUACUCCUCUCCGUCGAUCCACUCGCCGCAACCCUACCCACGACGAAACCUACCAGGACUCCUCUGACGAUGAGGACAACACUGAAUUGAAUGGAAAGCGCCGUCGGGAGAAGAAGCUGAAGCUGGUUCUUAAAUUGCCCAAACCAGACACUAAUUCGACGUCGUUCAGCUCGACCGGAGAGGAAUCGAACGGUGAGGAAGAGAAGAAUACGGGGUCGAAUAAGAAGAAGAGGAAAAUCAAUGCACCUGAGAUUGAAAAGGGAGAUCAGAAUUCUACAACUGGAACGAACCCAACAAGCAAUGUCCAAGAUCCUGGACCCUCAACGCCUUUACCUGAUAAAAAGCUGUUGCUGUCAAUCCUGGACAGGCUUCAGAAGAAGGACACGUAUGGUGUCUUCUCUGAGCCAGUGGACCUGGAUGAGCUGCCAGAUUACCUUGAAGUCAUUGAGCAUCCCAUGGAUUUUGGAACCGUCAGAAAGAAACUCACUAAUGGAGCUUAUGGCAGUUUGGAACUAUUCGAGGAAGAUGUUUUCUUAAUAUGCACGAAUGCAAUGCAGUAUAAUGCCCCGGAUACCAUAUAUUUUCGACAGGCACGAUCUAUACAAGAGUUGGCAAAAAAGAACUUUGAAAUUUUGAGGCAAGAUAGUGAUGAUAAUGAAGCAGAACCUAAAGUAGUAAGAAGAGGGAGGCCACCUUCUGAGAAUUUUAAAAAAUCACCAGGCAGGCCUUCAUUGGACCUUGCUGGUUCCGAGUUUCCCACAGUUGGAACUCUUGCUACAGGUGGAGAGAAUAGAUCUUCAGAGAAGUCUGGUUUUGCAGAUUCGUCAGGACAAUUUCAUGGUUCCCGCAAUGAAGCUUAUUUGUCGACUGACAACAGAUUUGAGAGGAAUGAUGAAACAGCAGGUUCGAUACUUAAAGGUAAGCAUAUUAAGAAGCAUUUGGCACUUGAUGAGAACAGGCGUAACACAUAUAAGCAAUUCCAUCCUUCAGCUGGUGGGCGAGUGCCAUCUGUGCUGACCACUUUUGAUGCAGAAAGGAAGCAGCUAGUGGCUGUGGGGCUUCUGACAGAGCAUGGUUAUGCAAGGAGUAUAGCACGAUUUGCUGCGAACAUUGGACCUUUUUCCUGGGCGAUUGCAGUUAAAAGAAUAGAAAAGUCUUUAGCGCCUGGAGUUAAGUUUGGUCCUGGAUGGGUCGGAGAAAAUGACAUUCCACCACAGAAGGCUAUAUUUUCUUCACCCAUGCCAAGUCAGCUGGCAUCACCACCGUCACUGCCACCACAAAAGCCCAUCUCUGUUCUUGAAGGCUCAGCUGCUACUGCCACAGCUUGCGGUGUUAAAUCGAAACAAGGGAAAUUGUUAGCGAAACCUGAGAGGGAUAUUUUUCCGGAGAAGCAGGUGCCUUCAACUCGCCUUUCUGAGGCACAUUUUAGUUCGGUUCCUCCAUCCACCUUAAUGACUACAUCCGUCUCGGCUGUCAAUAAAUCUGAACCUUUCACAGAAAGAGCAGAAUCAGUACCAAAAUUAAAUUCCCAUUCUGCAUUUAAUGUACUGAACAGUAGUACGGGUGUGAUGAGGCAAAGGGCUCCAUCUCAACUUCAUCAGAACCCAGCCAUUCACCCUGGCACGAUUGGAUUUAAUGCCACGUAUGGGUUUAACAUUGCAGCCCAGAUGGGAAAACUAAAUGGAGUUGCUAGGCCUUCUGGACUGGGCAUUCAGUCAUCUCAGAUGGCCGACAAGGUCUCUAGAACUAAUUCUAACCUGGUCCGUUCAGCAAAUGCAAACAGCAUAAACUCAGAGAAAAUGAAGUUCCCCGAGAAUUCAAGUUCAAUAAAAAUUAGUGGUGCGUUGCCAAAUUCUGGGAACGAGGCAGUGGAGGCCUCAAGAUCUGUUGACCAAGCUCAACCAACUUGGCAAGGGUUAUAUCCAAAUCCAAGACCAGAUUCAGGCUCAUCAUCACAUCAGAAAUCGGAUGCUGUCCCGCCUGACCUGAAUGUAAGAUACCAGUCUCCAGGCUCUCCUGGUUCUGGUUGCAUUGACCCAGCACCGCCAGAUUUAGCUUUGCAGCUCUAAGUGUGGUUGAGCUUCUUUUU